AUGCUGACAAGUUUACCAUGCUGUCAUGCUAUAUCUUGCAUGAAAUCUAUAAAAUUCGAGAUUGAAAGUUAUGUGCCUGAGUACUACAAGAAACAAAUGUAUGAAGCAUGUUAUGCAUCUGUCAUUUUUCUAAUCAAUGGGGAAUCACUUUGGAAGAAAAAAGGUUAUGUUGAGUUACAACCACCACCAAUCAAAAGGCAACCAAGGAGGCCAAAGAAGAAAAGGACUAGAGAUGCCUCAAAGAGCAUAAGGGAUGAAACUCAGCUAAAAAGAGCUAAUUUUGGCAUCAAGUGCAGUAGAUGCCACAUGAUGGGGCAUAACAAAGAAAUUUGCAUACAUCCAGGUCCAAAUCAGACCACUCAACCUGAACCAAGUCAGUUUGGUCCAACUCAGCCUGAGGCAUCUCAGCCUGAUGCAAGUCUUCCUGCACUAAGUCAGCCUGAUGCAAGUCUUUAUGCACCAAGUCAGUCUGAUUCAAGUCUUCCUGCACCAACUCAACUUGAAGCAACUUGA